AUGAGGUUGGGCAAGGGCAAGGGGGGUAAGAGUGGUGGGGGUGGCGCUGGCGGGGGUGGUGGCGGUGAUGGUGGAGGGGGUGGAGGAGGUGGUGGCGGCGGUGGAGGUGGCGGGGGUGGUGGAGGCAGUGUAGUGGGCGGAGGGGGCUCGGAUGGCGGUCGAGGUGGAGCUUGUAGGGGUGGAGGCUCUGGGGCGGCGUCUGGGGGUGCAGCUCGUGGCGGCGGAGGCUCUGGGGGUGGACAGCAGCAGCAGCCACGCCGGCAGGAGUCUCUCUCGCCCCAGGAGCUUCGUGAGUGGGUUUGUCCAGCGUGGCUCCUCUGGGGGUAG